AUGGAUUUCUCCAACCUCAAAGAUCAGGUCAGCAACAUGUCCUUGUAUGACCUCAAGGCCGGUGUUCGCAAGGUACAGAACGCUGUCAUGAACUAUACCGAGAUGGAAUCCAAGGUCCGGGAAGCUACAAACAAUGAACCCUGGGGUGCCUCGACCACGUUGAUGCAGGAUAUCGCCAAUGGAACGCAUAGCUACCAAUUACUCAACGAGAUCAUGCCCCUUAUCUACAAGCGAUUCACCGACAAGGCCGCGGAGGAAUGGCGACAGAUCUACAAGAGUCUCCAGCUCCUCGAAUUCCUUGUCAAGAACGGUUCGGAACGAGUCGUCGAUGAUGCGCGAUCCCACAUGUCGUUGAUUCGGAUGCUGCGGCAGUUCCACUAUAUCGAUAUGAAUGGCAAGGACCAGGGUAUCAAUGUGCGCAACCGGUCAUCCGAGCUGGUGAAAUUGCUGGGUGAUGUGGAUCAGAUUCGGGCCGAAAGAAAGAAGGCCAAGAACAACCGCAACAAGUUCAGUGGUUUCGAAGGUGGCAUGGGUGUCGGAUCGGGCCUGUCCAGCUCGGGCUCGGGCCGUUAUGGAGGCUUUGGCAGCGACAGUAUGGGAUACGGUGGAUACAGCGGAGGUGUCUACGGUGACGGUGGCGGUUUCGGCGGGGAAUCUGGUGGACAAGCUGGCAUUGACUUCCAGGACACCGGACGCCGGCCCAACCGCUUCGAAGAAUAUGACGAGUAUGACGAGGCAGAUGCCCCCGCACGCCCGCGUGAGCCUGCCGCCCGGGCGAAGACCCAAGCAAAGAAGCCCGAGCCAGCUCCUGCACCUGUGGAAGACCUCUUCGACUUUGGCGACGACGAGCCUGUUACUACCACAGCAUCUACCUCGACCGGCAAGCAACCCGCCGGCAGUGCUCUCAACAUACUAGACCCGUCCCCAGCCGAUGACGACGACUUUGAUGACUUCCAGUCCGCAACCCCGGCUACCCAGCCUCAGUCGUCAAAUCAGUUCGCCAUUCCCCCUCCAGCUUCCACUGCCAGCACAAGUUCGAACACCCAAUUCGUUGCGCCCCAGCCAAUCUCCGGCUCGCAAGGUGCCAACCUCAACGGCCUAGUUGGAUUCAAAUCGGCCACCCCUACUCCCUCUUCCAGCGGGAUCCCCACUCCCCUUUCGCAGGCGGCCCCGAUUCAACAGCAGAAGCCCUCCGGCUACCAAGCUGCCACACCCAACUACUUCACCUCCGUCAGCGUGCCCCAAAAUGCUGGGUCUUCUCACGCUGCCACCCCCUCCAUGUCCUCCAUGGCUUCCCCCUCAAGCACAGCGAGUAAGCCAGCUUCAGCAGCAGCCAAGAAAUCCUCGGGUGACGCUUUCGGCUCAUUGUGGUCGACCGCCAGCGCCAGUGCCGGCAUCCAGAAGACCAACACCGGCACCAACAAGGGUCCUAACCUUGCCAGCAUGGCCAAGGAAAAAGCCAGCGCCGGCAUCUGGGGAGCCCCAGCUCCCUCCAGCACCUCAUCCACGCCCAGCCAACCCCAGCACAAGCAACAGUCUAGCUCGGCCUUUGAUGAUCUCCUCGGUUGA